GUUUUUAUCAAUUAACCGGCGUAAUUGUUAUUUUGAUAAUUGCUUGCUGCUGUGCGACUUUUUUUUAAAGGUUAUUUAAUAUUUUUGCCACUCUUCAUAUUAUACUAACUGUGCAGUGUAUUGAUGAGCAUUUACCGUUGUGAGCAGAAAUGAAUUCCAGUGUGUCGGCUCUGUGUGAGCAGCUUGUAUCUGUGGGCUACAUCCAGCAAGGGAACCAGGCUCGGCAGGGUCAUGAAGCAAAACUGAAGGAACUCUUGCAGCAUCGGAAACUUCCCCAAGAAGGCUGGGAUGAUCUCACCAUAGAACUUGUGUUACAUGAACUGGCUGUGAUGGACAGCAACAACUUCUUGGGCAACUGUGGUGUUGGAGAGCGUGAAGCCAGGUUAGCAUCACAACUGGUUGCUAAGCGACACUAUAGAUUGGGUCAUGGAAUUGGUCGAUCAGGAGAUAUCACUGCAAUCCAGCCAAAGGCAGCAGGUUCCAGUGUUCUAAUGAAAAUAACAAACUGUUUGGCCCGUGAUGUUAUCAAACUAAGUGGUGUGCAUUCUGUGAAGAAUUGUUUUGUCGUUCCUGUAGCCACAGGUAUGGCCCUAGUUUUGUGUAUGCUGACCAUUAAACAACAUCGUCCUCAAGCAAAAUAUGUCCUGUGGCCCCGUAUUGAUCAGAAAUCUUGUUUCAAGUCCAUUGUUACUGCAGGUUUCCAGCCUGUAAUCAUAGAGAAUGUACUGGAAGGAGAUGAACUACGAACUGAUGUCCCUAAAUUAAGUGAACAGAUUGAUGUGCUGGGCAGGGAGAACAUUGCCUGUGUCAUGUCCACAACCAGCUGUUUUGCUCCCCGGGCACCAGAUAAACUAGAAGAGAUUGCUAAACUGUGCAAAGAAAACAACAUUCCACAUUUGGUAAACAAUGCAUAUGGAAUCCAAGCUUCUAAAUGUACUCAUUUACUGGAACAGGCUGCACGUGUUGGCAGAAUUGAUGCCUUUGUCCAGAGCACUGAUAAAAACUUCAUGGUCCCUGUUGGAGGUUCAAUCAUUGCUGGCUUUGACAAAAAUUUCAUUGAUGAAAUUGGCAAGAUGUAUCCAGGCAGAGCCUCUUCGACUCCAACUAUUGACCUCUUCAUCACACUCUUGUCUCUUGGUUCGACUGGUUACAUGAAACUUUUGAAAGACAGAAAAGAAAUGUUUAAAUAUUUGAAGAAUGCCCUGUCAUCAUGUGCCGAGAAACAUGGUCAAGAAUUACUGACCAUCAACAAUAAUCAAAUCUCAAUGGCAAUGACCCUCAGAUAUGAAGAGAGUGUUAAUGUAACUGAAAUUGGAUCUAUGCUGUUCAAACGAUUUGUCUCAGGAACAAGAGUAAUUGCUAAAGAUUCCGGGACAAAGGAAAUAUGCAAACAAAGCUUCGUGAAUUUUGGAGCCCAUUACAAUAACUACCCAUGCAGUUACCUGACCGCAGCUGCAGGUAUUGGUAUGACAAAAACUGAUGUGGACACAUUUAUAAACAGAUUAGAUAAGGUACUUGCGAAGUUCAGUAACAGCAAGUGUGAGAUAAUCAAACAACCUUCUGAAGAUGUAAGUACUAAUGAUGAUAUAAGUACAACUAGUAAAGAUAAGCUUACCAAUGAUAAAUUAAAUACAAGCAUUAACGAUGUAUUAAGUAAUGAUGAUGUCAGUGUAAAUACCUGAGACAUUUGUUUAGUAGAUGUGAAAGCUAUAUUAUAAAUCAAUUCAAAAUCAUUUUCAUUUUUAUAAUAAAACCACUUAGAAAAACUUUG